AUGCGAUAUUUUCGAUCUUGGGCGAUAAAUAAGCGAUUUUUUUCAAGUACACAUCGUCCUCUCAGUGAGUGCUUAUCUGAUUUCAAAGAAUUAGUGUCUGAGCAAUCAUCUUGCGGAUCUGUAUAUGACGGUUGGCCUCCUAAAAAUCGCAUCAAAUUGAAAGAACGGCUUAAGCCUCUCGGUCGUGAUCUUUUCGUCAUUAACCGUCGUCUCGAAAAUGGAGUGGGCUUCGAGCCUACUCUCGUUUUCUGCUGUGGUUUUAAGCCCAUGUUGAUGAUGAGCAAAUCUGAGUUUCAGAGCUUCAUUGCCAACCUUCCACUGAUUAAAACCAAUCUUGAAACAUUUUUCAAGCAAUUGUAG